CAUUCUUAGCACAACAAUCGUAGAGAAUGGCUCUCAAGGUCUUCGUGCUCCUCGCUCUCGUGGCUGCCGCCCUCGCUCGCCCUGACAGUCCUCCUGCCUAUGGCUACGGAACUCCAGCACCCUCUUACGCCCCCGCCAAGUACGACUUCAACUACGCCGUCAACGACCCACCCUCUGGCAAUGACUUCGGCCACCAGGAGUCUCGUGAUGGCGACAACACUCAGGGUUCCUACUACGUCCUGCUUCCCGACGGUCGUCUGCAGAGGGUCACAUACAAUGUCAAUGGCGAUUCUGGCUACCUGGCCGAGGUCACCUACGAGGGAGAAGCCCAGUACCCUACCCAACAGCGUGCUUACACUCCUGCUCCAACUUACGGAUAAUAUGUUUUAAUAUAUGUAUAUGUAUUUUUUUUUUUUUU